CGGAGCAGGCUGCAGCCUGUAGGCUGCAGGCGGAAGUGAAAGUAAAAGCCGGGGUUUCCUGCUUGGGUGAAGUGGAGCUUCUGUCCGUGACAUGAGCGCCACUCAGUUUAACGCCGUCCUGCUGGACAUUUCCAAUCAGCUGGACGCGGAUAACCUGAGCAAGCUAAAGUUCCUGACUCGAGACGUGGUCAGAAAAAGAGAGGCAGAAAAUGUCGACAGUGGUUACAAACUGUUUGAGCUUCUGGCGGAGAGAGGCAAGCUGGCCGCCGAUGACACGGAGUAUGUGUCCGCCCUCCUGAAGGAGAUCCACCGGGACGACCUCGCAGACAAACUGAACAGCUUUCAAACUCAGUUUGGAUCCAUCGACAGCGUCCUGGACGAGAAGGAGAGAGCCAAACUUGAGGUGGCUUCGGAGGUGAUUGCAGAGAAUCUGGGAAGGAACUGGCGUAAACUGGGGCGUAAACUGCGUCUGAGUGAAGUCAAGCUGGAGUCCGUCUCUAAAAGACAUCCUACAGAUCUGGAGGAGACGGCGGUGGAGCUGCUGAAGGAGUGGAGGAAGAGCCGGGGAGCCGAGGCCCGGACGGAGGAGCUGAUCCACGCCCUGAGGCUCUGUGACUUCAACCUAACAGCCGACAAAGUGGAGGAGAAACUGAAAGCCCUGGGAUCCUGAUGGAAACUUCCACUUCAGAGUGACUGACGGUAACCAUGGUAACAACAAUAAUCGCUGUGAUGGAGGUUUUUAUAAAUGCAGCCUGAAUGAUGAAGCAGGAAAUCACAACAAAUGUGAUGAAACAUGCACAUGCUCACUCUUCUGCUCAUCAACAUCAUCAUGGUUCAUGGUUUUUUUGUGUGUGUGUGUUUUUAGAGAACAAUGAAAACAAUCUUCUGAUUUAUUGUUUAAUAAAGUUUAUGUUUCAGUAAUGAAAAUAACAGAAGGUGUAUUGGUUGCUUUUAAAAUCCAUAUUAAAUGUUUCAAUAUGA